AUGGCUCCUAUCAAAAGCUUGCCCAAAGGCCAUGAAAAUUCCUCCACGCCGCUUGCCGACUACUUCUGGAUCGCGGGCCUGGAUGGACAAGAUCUUUUGGAUACAUAUGUCAGACUUGGCGAGGUGCAUAAUCCGAGAAAGAAUAGGAGCAGCAGUGACCUGAAUGAUAUCAUUGUGGAGGACGAAGUUGCUGAAGCGGAUGUCUCAUCCAUUCAGGAUUCUCCAAGACCCGCGUCAAAACACUCAAAACGAAACUCCUAUCAACGGCUUUCCAGGUUGUCUAGUGAAGCACAGUCGUCCAUCAGGUCGCUGGACAAGAUACCAUCCGGCACGUCAAGCGCUCGAAGCAGCGCUACCAUUCGUUUUGUACCAUCAGCAUCCUCUCCUCAUGUCUCCGCUGCUCUGAACGACGUCGACUUCGACAAUGCCUUGAAGAAAUUCGCCACUGAGCGGGAUUCGUUCUUCUUGGAUAUCAAUUUCAGUGCAGGUGCGGUUGCCCAGCCCAGUAGACCGCGGCCGAGAACAAGAACCCAGAAGAUUGUUGCCGAGGAGCAGGGUCCGGCACCAAGUAGAGGUAUUGGAAGUGUAAGGCGACACAUGUCGUUCCGGGAGAUGAAUAGCGUCAAGCGACAGUCAUCCAUGGCACGACAAGCAUCCGUCAGAACUUCUCGGCGCACAAGUAACUACAACUCAGUGAUACCCAGCCCUGAACCACUUCAAUCGUCUCCAACCAUGCACCCACUGAAACGAAAAUUUGAACCAGUCCUCCUUGACAGAUAUCCCCCAGCGGGAAUGCCCGACGAGUCGCGGCGGCGCGGCAAUUUUCCCGACUAUGUACCUAUGUUUGCGUUUCCAAACGACAUCAACGUUGUUUCCUCCGAUACGCGCCCACGCUCGACAUGGCAUGGGUUUUCAAUGACCGCAGCCGACAACUCCAGGUUGCACGCAGUCUGUAUCAUCGUUUGGAUACCGAUGAAAGCCAAAGCCGCAGAUGAGCUGGAAAAGCGCUGCGAGGAGUGGAGAAGAGCCAACAUGACAGAUGUCGAGAGAGAGCUGGCUUCGAGUCUGGGUGAAAGACUUGCCGCCGAGCGUGCAAAACUCUCUCGCCUGCUGUCGCGGUUGCCUUAUGUUGAUUCUGGCUCUGCUGCUCGUGAUGAGCUGGAAGAAGACAUUAGCGCGGUAGAAGAGAAGAUUGUGAUGAUGACGGAUAUGCUGAGGCCUCUGAGACACGGGGCUGCUUCACGAAUAGAAGGUCUGACGGAUGGCGACACUGGUCUCUGGAUACCACGGGCUUAUGGCAUUCUCGGACGUGAUUCAUCCUUGACUAGUUUCUGGAAAGAAUGGCUUAGAGCAAUCACGGUCCCCAUGGCCGAUGGCGCGGUCAUGAGAGUUCCUCCAAGCUCACCACGGGUCGGCAUGUGGCAACCAUUGGAGCGAUAUGUCAUCAACCUCUGCACCGAGGCCCCUAGUCCAAUUUCUUCGAAGACGCAAGUUGAGAUUGCGGUCCGAGAGCUGCGGUUGUUUGCUCGCAAGGAAGCGAUCAAUGAGCUCCCAGGCUCGCGGGAUACAGACCUGUACGGGCUUUUCCGAGCGCUGACUAUUCCGAAUAUUAUGAUCCUAUUCGAGUACGUCCUUUCCGAGUCGCGGAUCAUCCUGCUGUCCUCACAUACGUCAAUGCUGCAUUUAGCGAGCAAAGCUAUCGCCGAGCUCAUCUGGCCAUUGAAAUGGGCCGGUGUCUUCAUACCUGUACUUCCUGCUCGUCUUGUGCAGGCUCUCGAGGCGCCUUGUCCGUACAUUUGUGGUAUUGAAAGACGGUAUGAGAAAGUAGAGCUGCCGGAUGAUGACUUCGUGCUUGUUGAUCUGGAUAACAACGAAAUAGAGAGCACAGCGAGGCCUACACCAAUGCCGCGGCAACAACGACGGAAGUUGAUGUCUCUCCUUCAGUUGGCAGCACCUCAUCAUAACAAGUUUGGCGUGCCAGUAGGGCCUCCGCCAUGUGCAGUUGAGGCCAUGCCGUUUGAUUCCUUUGCAUCAGAAAAUCCAUCCGUCUUCUCCUCCAAUGCCCAGUCGACCUCGCUUGCAAGAUUAGUAGGGCUGACAUCGACGUCCUUUGGCGCUGCUGCAGCGGCGGAGGGUCCUCGUAAAACAUUGAUCUUGAACGCUUUUCUGCAAGCGAAAGCAGUAUCCAGAGGAAGCGGCACAGGUGAAAGACCACGAACAGCAUCAACUUCAAGAAAGAGCAAUCCAGACACGCCCAACCAAUCACCCAUCACUGGGUCGUUUCCACAGUUACCAGCCACGCCGGUCUCCAGGAGCGACUCCGGCUUUGCGUUACAAUCGUCUCUACGCGACAAGCGAGGAGCUCAUUUCGACGCAGGCUCAAAGGGAAGUGGAUCCACGUAUCGGCAAGCCAAAAGACAGCCUAGCCUGCCUUUCUUGGGACACUCUUCCAACCCGUCUAUUAGUACUCUCAACCCUGAGUUGCAUAACCAAUCCUCCUAUGCCCCAUCCACAUAUGCACAGUCGACCCUUGCUGCUUCAACGAUUAUGCCCCAGGUGUUGAUGCAGCCUGUGCGUAAUACAGAGAAUACCAGCUGGAUCGAAGGUCACUGCUUACAGUGGCACGGCCAUGAUGACCGUUCAACAUGUUCCGUUUGUGACGAUAAGGCUGAGGAUGGCAUUUAUCGAUGCUCUGGUUGUGGUGUGACUGUUCAUGCUCGCUGCGGCUACCAACUCUACAUUGUCUGUCCGGUGGCCUUCUACCCAGAGCAGAUUCGAGCUGCGUUUGUCCGUUGUUUUGCUAGCCUCUUCUACACCUACAGAAAGUUCAUGUUGGCGCCGACACCUGAGCAGAAGAAGAACGGAAUGUUCUACCGGUUCGACUUGAACAGCUUUUUGCGAAGUAUGCCGUGCGAAAAUGCUGACUAUAUUGCGGUACUUCAGCAGACACAAGCUUUCAAUGAAUUCAUAUCGGAGCGCGAAUGCACGCCACCCGCACCCACUUCAUCAUCCUCAACCUCAGUCCACACAUCCAUCACUCUCUUCGACAGCAUCAUCCUUUCUAAACGCAACCGCGGCCGCUUGCUCCCUACCACGCGCCAAAUCCCCGGCCUCUCCUUCUCGAGCAGGAAAAACCCCUUCUCCUCCCGCUUCUCCACUUCCGUCUUCACUUCCUUCAACCACCACUCCUCUUCGACAACACCACCAGACUUCCUGACCGACACCUCCGACCACCUCUGGCGCUCCGCCUCCGCUUCCACAACCUCCACCGCCAAUACGCGCUCCGACUUUGGCGAUCCGACCCGGGAUUACCGGCAGAUUGUGACCAGGGUGCCAGCGAAGCUGGAGGAGAGGUUCAUGCGCGAACCGAGAAUGAUCCAGGGCGUGCCGAGGAUCAGCGAGAAGAGCAAGAAUGCCGCCCAGGGGGGAAGGAAGCCCUUGCCGCUGGCGCUGAGGGAGAGGAUCAACGGGUUGGCGUUGAACGCGCCGGAUAGUGUUGGUUCGCCGUUGUUACCUCCGACGCCUCUGUCGGGAUCGAGUAGGGGUUGGUGA